UGUUGUCAGAGAAGAACUGAGCAAAGACACGUUGAGCAUAUGCAAAAGCUUUAAAACUGAAGCUCUGCCAUGUCCCCUCUGAGUGUUGAGAACAAUAAAUCUGCAUGAAUUUUGCCAGCAUUGUCCCAACUCAGCAACAAAAACUCCACUCCACCCUGUCCCUCUCGACGCUGGCUUUAUGUUAGGUGCAGCUGCAGGCUCUGGUUACACCCUCUCCACCCUCUAAAUGUCCCGCUGCAGGAUGGAGCAGACAGCUGUGAGAAUCUGAUAAUAUUCCUUGCUGCACAUUCUUCCAUCAUUCAGUUUAGUCUUAGAAGAGUGAGCAGCUUCCACACUGAGAAAUUAAGAGCAGAAAUUCAUCAUUAUGUCCAUCCGGAGGCUUAGGAGCAACCCUAAAACACUCGGGGAUGUCAACAUGGUGACAGAGGAGCUGAGAAAUCUUUAUUAUAAAAGGCUGCUGCCGAUAGAGAAGUAUUAUUCUUUCCAUCAGUUUCAUUCUCCAAGUUACGAGGAUGCAGACUUUGACAACAAACCAAUGGUCCUGGUGAUGGGUCAGUACUCAACAGGAAAGACAACCUUUAUCAGGUAUCUCAUAGAACAAGAUUUUCCUGGUAGCAGAGUUGGGCCAGAGCCAACCACUGACUCCUUCACUGCUCUCAUGUACGGAGAAGUGGAAGGGAUCAUCCCCGGCAAUGCCCUCACGGUAGAUCCCAAAAAGCCCUUUCGCAACCUCGACCCUUUUGGAAAUGCCUUUCUGAACAGGUUUCAGUGUGUUCAGGUGCCAAAUAAAGUCCUUGAGAGUAUCAGCAUUAUCGACACGCCGGGCAUCUUAACUGCUGCUAAAAGAAAACUGAGUCGAGGCUAUGACUUUCCAGCAGUGUUGCGUUGGUUCGCAGAGCGUGUGGAUCGAAUCAUCCUGCUGUUUGAUGCACAUAAACUCGAGUUUUCUGAUGAGCUCACUCGGGCCUUUGGGGCUCUGUGUGGCUAUGAGGACAAGUUGCGUGUGGUUCUCAACAAAGCAGACAGGGUGGACUCGCAACAACUCAUGAGAGUGUACGGCGCCCUCAUGUGGUCGCUGGGGAAAGUGUUCCGAACCCCUGAGAUCUUGAGGGUUUACAUCGGAUCUUUCUGGUCAGAGCCGCGGCAGAUAUGUGACCACUACCAGCUGAUAGAGUUGGAGGAGGAGGAUCUUUUGGCUGACAUAAGGAACCUGCCGUGCAAUGCUGCUGUACGCAAGCUGAAUGACCUGGUGAGGAGAGCACGCUUAGUAAGGGCUCAUGCCCACAUUAUCAGCUAUCUGAAGCAGGAGAUGCCAACAAUUUUUUGCAAAGAAAGCAAGAAGCACAAUCUGAUUUACCAGCUACCUGUGAUUUUCACCAAGAUUCAGCAACAACAUAGAGUCCCAGCUGGCGACUUCCCCGACUGCACCAAGAUGCAGGAGAAACUUUUGGGUCAAGAUUUCUCAAAGUUCAAGACCCUGAAACCAAGUCUAAUGGCUUCCUUGGAUAAACUCCUGAGCAAUGACAUAGCAAAUCUGGUGCCUUUACUUCAACAACAAGAACUGAGAAAGAAGUCUCUCCCUGGUGUGUUGGACGGUGACUUUUUGGGAACAUUCAGGCCUGAGCAUUACAGGAAAGACCCUUUCAAGGAACUCCCCAGAGAUGACGAGAGCAGUGAGGCAGAUUUCGAUGAGUGGGCGGUGGAGAAAUUCAAGCCAAAAUAUGACGAGAUUUUCUACAACCUCAGUCCAAGUGAGGGCAAACUGAGUGGCUCCAAAGUCAGAGAGUGGAUGAUGACCACACUUCUGCCCAGCUCUGUGCUAGCUCAUAUCUGGCGGCUGUCUGAUGUAGAUGGUGACGGCAUGCUGGACAAUGAGGAAUUUGCUUUGGCAGUUCAUCUUAUUGAGGGAAAACUGGAGGGUCACUGGCUCCCGCGAGAGCUGCCGUCUCACCUGGUGCCACCGUCAAAGCGGUUAAGUACAGCCAGUGAUGAGUAAACAUGUCAUUUGAAUGAAGCUGGGGAUCCAUGUACAGUAUUUGUAUAAUUUGUACAUAAUUUCCUAAAUAUAACUAAACCUGGUAAUAGCAGUUUGUUGUUUACAAACAAAAGUGUAUAGUACCUGUUCAUGUUAUGCAUUUGUAUAUUAACAUCAUGAUGGUUUUGAUCCCUGCAAAUUUUUCACAUCAUAUUUUCAUCACACAUUUCACUUCUGCAUCCAAAUAUCCAUGGGAUAAAGAAAAAUUUAGCAAUUAACUUCAUUUGGGUGGAAUUUUCCUUUGGGCUGUGUGUUUGGUCAUACCUCACGUAAACAAUAUUGUAUUUUUUAGUCAAUGGCAUUAAACCUGUAAAGAUGACGAGCCAGUGUAAUAUCAUUGUUUGUGAUAUUGUAAUCAUCAUCAUUACCAUAAUGCUAUCAACAUUAUAAUAAAGUCAGCUUGGUACUCACGCAGGUGGCAGAAGCGACCAUACAGUCCUGGAGAGCACAGACAGCCUCCAUACAGACGAUGACAAUGUCCAUUGUUGGGACAGUUGCACUUUCUUCUGCAGUGCCUCCCGAAGUAACCCCUUGGACAACCUGUAAACAUGAGCAAUGUCGCUUCAGGACAGGAUGCCUACUCUAAAGCAAGCUCCAGCAAAGGCCAACAUUUAAACAAGAUCACAGAUAAAAUCAAAAAUCGGGAUACUGUGCAUGUCUCAGAUUGUAAGAGAACAUCUGUGCUAGUGUCAGAACACAUUCAGCACACACUGAAUGUUGAGCACAAUGGGCACAAUGCAUCACUUUGCAUGUUUUCGAACUGCAUUCUUGAGCUUGAAUGUUUCUGUUUAAUAGAAUUUGUCAUCCCACUAUUUAGUCCACUGAAUAAUAUAUGUCGCCUGGCUCAAAUUUCCUCCACCAUUGCCAUGAUCUCCCCAGACAAAAAGAUUUCCUCUUUUGGUACAUUUUUAAUUCUAAAUGUCUAAAACCUCAUUUGUGAUGGCUUCACAUAAGAGCAAAUCGCAAGGCAGGUGCAGUGAGUUUAAGCUGACUUGAAAUUUAUAAAUCAUUGGUGCCUAAGUUACAAUUGGGAUUCUCAGAACCUGCUUAAGCAAAGUUUUUAGACUAACAGAAGUCUAAGUUCAAGAACAAAUUUUUAGAAAUGACUCCUCUGGAGUUCAUGAGCUGUCAAGGGCUACCAAAUAAUGCAUCAUAAGAUGACUGUCCAAGUAUUGACAAGUAGUUUUUACCUGUGAAAUAAUAUAGUUUUACCCUUUGAGACCUCUGAAAUUUGUUCAAAACACACAAUUUUGAACGAUUGAAUUGCUCAUACUUUAUAGAAAUACAACCUACAACAGCUUCCUAAGGAGAUACUCUUUCAAAUUAGGUUACAAGCAAGAACUGUUUGGAACCAGUGCCCUAGAACCUGGUCAUAUUCACACCUAUGUGUGUGUGUGUCUAUAGGAAUGUAUGUAUACAAACCAUCCUCGCACAGCAGGCCUUGUACCCCAGGGGGGCACAAACACUUCCCGGUCACAGGGUCACACGAGCCUCCGUUCUGACAGCGACACAGGCUGUUACAGGCCUGCCCAUAGGUCCCCGGUGGACAAGCUGGAGAGUAGGGAAUUAAAAAAAAAGGAAACGUGGGGAAAGGGCAGUGACACCUUAAUAGUUGUAGUAUGACUUCAUGAAUCAAACUGUGAGGAAUUCCUUUCACACUGAAUCACAGACUUAUAUGAGAGAAGAGAAAGUAAACAGAGUCAAAGGAAGGGUUAUGCACCAGUGUUAAGAAGUCAGUAAACACUUCCACCUUCCAUCCUGUCUUUCCCCAUGGCGUGUGUUCUCCUGACACUCUUAAGCUCUCUGGCCUUGUUAGCAACUACAACAUGAACCAGCUGGUGGGUUAAGAUAUGCUUAGGUGUUACAGUCCACCCUGGGAACGUCUUCUUAAAUCCCAUGUCGCACUUUCUUCACAGCAGUUAUAUAUCCGUCCAUGUAAAGGUAAACCAGUUUGAAAUAAUCUAUGGCAUUGCAGCAUCUUGUCAUACCAAUGGAGCUUCACAAACUUGAAUCAAAAGUAUUGUGUGCAUUUCGAGAUGCAACCAAAUAAAUGAACUGUACAGUGGGGAGGGUUGUGUUGACACAUCUCUCAUCUCAUCUUCCCUGUGUCAGUUUUAUUAUGUA